ACGCCGAGCCGGCGGGCGGGGUGAGCCGUUUGGCUCCCGCAAGAGCCUCGGGGGCCGCGGAGCUGGAGCUGGAUCCCGAGCCGGGGCCGGGGCCGGGCCCGAGCGGGCUCCGUCGUUAUGGGGUCGGCCGACUCCAAGCUGAACUUCCGAAAGGCGGUGAUCCAGCUCACCACCAAGACGCAGCCCGUGGAAGCCACUGAUGACGCCUUUUGGGACCAGUUCUGGGCGGACACGGCCACCUCGGUGCAGGAUGUCUUUGCACUGGUGCCCGCGGCUGAGAUCCGGGCGGUUCGGGAGGAGUCACCCUCCAACCUCGCCACUCUGUGCUACAAGGCUGUGGAGAAGCUGGUGCAAGGAGCUGAAAGCGGCUGCCAUUUGGAGAAAGAGAAGCAGAUUGUUCUGAACUGCAGCCGACUUCUCACUCGUGUGCUGCCCUACAUCUUUGAGGAUCCUGACUGGAGGGGUUUCUUCUGGUCCACAGUGCCCGGGGCAGGGCGAGGAGGGCAGGGAGAAGACGAUGAAGAGAAUGCCCGGCCCCUGGCUGAGUCCCUGCUCCUGGCCAUUGCCGACCUGCUCUUCUGCCCAGAUUUCACUGUCCAGAGCCACCGGAGGAGCACUGUGGACUCGGCAGAGGAUGUCCACUCCCUGGACAGCUGUGAAUACAUCUGGGAGGCUGGCGUGGGCUUUGCCCACUCCCCCCAGCCCAACUAUAUCCAUGACGUGAACCGGAUGGAGCUGCUGAAACUGCUGCUGACGUGCUUUUCUGAGGCCAUGUACCUGCCGCCAGCUCCAGACAGCGGGAGCACCAAUCCAUGGGUGCAGUUCUUUUGUUCCUCCGAGAACAGACACACCCUGCCCCUCUUUACCUCCCUCCUCAACACCGUGUGUGCCUAUGACCCGGUGGGCUACGGGAUCCCCUACAACCACCUGCUCUUCUCCGAUUACCGGGAACCCCUGGUGGAGGAGGCUGCCCAGGUGCUCAUCGUCACCUUGGACCAUGACAGCACCACCAGCACCAGCCCCACGGUGGACGGCACCACCACAGGCACUGCCAUGGACGACGCUGACCCUCCAGGGCCUGAGAACCUGUUUGUAAACUACCUGUCCCGCAUCCAUCGCGAGGAGGACUUCCAGUUCAUCCUUAAGGGCAUAGCCCGGCUGCUGUCCAACCCCCUGCUCCAGACCUACCUGCCCAACUCCACCAAGAAGAUCCAGUUCCACCAGGAGCUGCUGGUCCUCUUCUGGAAGCUCUGUGACUUCAAUAAGAAAUUUCUCUUCUUUGUGCUGAAGAGCAGUGAUGUGCUGGACAUUCUGGUCCCCAUCCUCUACUUCCUCAACGAUGCCCGAGCAGAUCAGUCUCGGGUGGGCCUGAUGCACAUUGGUGUCUUCAUCCUGCUGCUUCUGAGUGGGGAGCGGAACUUUGGGGUGCGGCUGAACAAGCCCUACUCAGUGCGAGUGCCCAUGGACAUCCCAGUCUUCACUGGUACCCACGCAGACCUGCUCAUUGUGGUGUUCCACAAGAUCAUCACCAGCGGUCACCAGCGGCUGCAGCCCCUCUUUGACUGCCUGCUCACCAUCGUGGUCAAUGUGUCCCCCUACCUCAAGAGCCUGUCCAUGGUGGCCGCCAACAAGCUGCUGCACCUGCUGGAGGCCUUCUCCACCACCUGGUUCCUCUUCUCUGCUGCCCAGAACCACCAUCUGGUCUUCUUCCUCCUGGAGGUCUUCAACAACAUCAUCCAGUACCAGUUUGAUGGCAACUCCAAUCUGGUCUACGCCAUCAUCAGAAAGCGCAGUGUCUUCCACCAGCUGGCCAACCUGCCCACCGACCUACCUGCCAUCCACAAGGCUCUGCAGCGGCGCCGCCGGGCACCUGAGCCCUUGUCCCGCACCGGCUCUCAGGAGGGUGCCUCCAUGGAGGGCUCCCGCCCCGCUGCCCCUGCUGAGCCGGGCACCCUCAAGACCAGCCUGGUGGCCACCCCAGGCAUUGACAAGCUGACAGAGAAGUCCCAGGUGUCAGAGGAUGGCACCUUACGGUCCCUGGAGCCGGCGCCCCAGCAGGGCUCUGCAGACGGCAGCCCAACUGUGGAGGAGCCCAGCCAGGCGUUGAGGGAGCAGCGGCGACUGUCCAGUGCAUCGGCCAGCGGGCAGUGGAACCCGACGUCAGAGUGGGUCCUCUCCUGGAAGUCGAAGCUGCCUCUGCAGACCAUCAUGAGGCUGCUCCAGGUGCUGGUGCCCCAGGUGGAGAAGAUCUGCAUUGACAAGGGCCUGACAGACGAGUCGGAGAUCCUGCGGUUCCUGCAGCAUGGCACCCUGGUGGGGCUGCUGCCUGUGCCCCACCCCAUCCUCAUCCGAAAGUACCAGGCCAACUCGGGCACAGCCAUGUGGUUCCGCACCUACAUGUGGGGUGUCAUCUACCUGAGGAAUGUGGACCCACCCAUCUGGUACGACACAGACGUGAAGCUGUUUGAGAUCCAGCGGGUGUGAGGAUGGAGGCCUGCAAGGGGCUGGGACCAGGAGAGGGUGGGGGCCCUGGUGCCCCUGACCUUUCCCCUGACCCACUGUUCUGAGCUUUCAGUGACCAUGAUCAGGGCCAGAGGCCAGCAGAGUGGCUGAGUCCUGGGGAGCAGGCCCCAGAGGCCCUCGUGGCUGGGAUAGUGGAGACCAGUUCUGACCCCCCUACCCCAAACUGCUGGCCUCCCAGGGACCUCCCAUCUCCAGGGCUACAGGCCCUGUCUGGUCGGAGCCCCCACCUCCAGACCUGUUUCUGUGCCCACCUGGUUCCUGUGCUACUCACCCCCAGAGGCCAGCAGGUCACUGUGCCCUGAUGGGUUGCCCAAGAGGAGGCUGUGAACUGUCCCUUGAGACACCUUGGCAGGAUGAGGGGGGCCACUUCCAAGCCUCCUAACCUGAAACCGUCUGGGCUGAGCUGGCUGCCUCCCCAGGAGGAAGGAGGGUGGCCAGGCUGCUUGAGGAGGAGGCUGGGGUCGGGCAGACUGCAAAAGCCAGACUGGAAGACCUCGUACACUUUAGGGGUUUGAAAUGGGGUGUUGAUGGUCUCCUACUCUAUUCUCCUGGGUCAGUGGAUAUAGCCUGGCUCUCUUAUCCAGUAAUGGGGGCAAAGGGAAUGGGGGUGGGGGACAGCUCUUCAGCUCUCCCUGCCCCCACCCACUGCCUGGAUGACUGGGGGGGCGUUAAGGGGGCCUGGAAUGCCACCCCUCUGGCCUGUGGGUCUCCCUUACCCCAUCUGUGUCAGUACAAUCUUUGCUCUGUACAAUCGGACUCUUUACACAAUAAAAUCCCCCUCUCCA